AAAAGAGCCCGGAAUUGGAAGUGGAAAAGUCUUCGAAUUUGGAAAACUGGAAUUGUUGGAAUACUUGAAUUGAACCCAGAGACGCCGCAUAGGCUGGUUUCAGGCCAAGACAAGCAAAUUCUCCUGUGGAGCAAGCACGAGAGGUAGAAGAUGCAAUCCAUUCGUAGAUUUGUUACUGCGAGGCACCAAAACCCUAAUCUCUCGAUUGGAAUCCGGAGCUUAUCUACUUCCGAUGCCUCUACGUUGGUGAAGAAUGUUGGAUCUUUCCUCGAUUCCCUUGGUCUUAAGUCAGGUGCGACUCUGGUGCAGAACUGUGGCGACAGUGAAAUUGGAAAAGUUUUGAUUCAAGUGGCAAAAGAGCGCAAGUUUCAGACCAUAAGCAUAAUUGAGGACAAACCUGGAACUCCUGAAAUAAUUGAAGAGCUUAAGGCACUUGGUGGGGAUAUAGUUGUACCAGAAAGCUACACAAAGACUUGGUAUAUGAAGCGGCUGGCCGGUGAGCUAAGCCCUGCUGCCGGUUUGAAUUUCAGUGAUGGGUACCAGGCAACUGCUGUUUGCAAGGCAGUAGCUAAUGGUGGCACAUUUGUAACAUAUGGGAAGAAAUUGCCGAAGCAUGUUGUUUAUGGUGGUGCAGCACGUAAACCAGUUGAAUGGAGUGCAUUCCUCAAGGAGAAGAACCUGAAGGUGAUGAACCUUUGAGAAUAAGACGUUGGAUUUUUUUUGAAACCUAAUGGAUGCGGAUUGGCCUUCCAGCUAUCAAUUCUGACAGGUCUCUCUCUCUUUCUCUCCAUUUCUUAAUGAAAAUUGGGAGGGAUUUAGCUUUUCUUAAUUCAUAUUUUGUAAUGAACUCUUGCUUUUGUUUUUCUUGAAAUUCCUAAAUGGAUUUUGGACUUGGAUUUGAUGUGCAUAUUAUGAGAAUAUGCAACUCACAUGCCUAUAUUGUGUAUGUGGGAUUCAUAAAAUGCAGAUUAACUUGGAUCAAAAGUUUACAAUCA